AUGGAGAACGAUUUAUCCCUAUCUCAGUCCUUAGGUGGCUUGCGAAUAGCUAAUCCUGACGAUGCUUCAUCCGGCACAUCAACUCUUGAAGCAUCGAAUGACCGCAAUCCCGAACAUACGAAUCACGAAUCUACAUUUGGAGCAACGCAAGCCGUAGAUUUGACCCCCUUGGAAUCGAGAGACGCGCGGAAAACCCCAGAUUCCCAAACGCAAUCAAAACGACAUUCCAUCUUUAAUAUCCUCCGACGCGGCUCGCCCAGCGACCCUUCUUCGAAUUCUACACCAUCUCCAGAACUUCCACAAACGUCAGAUCCGAAACACCCAAAUUCACGUUCAGCUUCGAGUAGUGGUGAAUCUAUAAGGUUGCAGGCGCAGCAAGACCCUUUGCCAAGGGCUGUGGCAGCGAAGGCAUAUCGACAAUCAAUGCCCAUGAAUCAUCAAUCUCAACAACAACAAGCAUUUCCUCCAUACCAACCGCAUCCAAUGCAGAACGGACAUCGAGCAUAUCCUCCUGCCGGGGCCGCCCGGCCAAUUUCAGGGGUCUACGCAGCGCAACCCCCUCAAAACACAAUGCCCAACAGAGACCACGGAUCCUAUAGACUGAGGAGCGAAUCUUCGAGAUCUUCGAUACUUGGGGCAACACCGUCAAGGAGUGAUUCAAGGUCGGCGGGUGCCGCAAUGCAGGCAGGAGUGCCUUCGAGGGAAGCGAGUCAUAGGGAUCGAUCGUACAACAACAGUCAUAACUUACCACCCGGUAACGGACCUAUGCCACCAAGGAGAACUUCGAGGGGAGUGGGUGGAGGAUACGAUAGUUCGGCACAUCCCAUGUCUGCUGCUAAUACGCACUACGACACCGAAGGAAACGUGGUUACCGCUGAAGAGUGGAAAGUUAGAGGUGCUGCAGUAGGUGUUCGCGAGGAGAUUGAUGCGGACGGAAAAGUGCACCUGAAGCAGGUGAGGAAGGGUGUGCAGGAUUUUAUAUUUGGGCGAACAUUGGGAGAGGGCUCAUACAGCACCGUCUUAUUUGCAACGGACCGCCAGACACUAAUAGAUCAUGCCGUGAAGAUCCUGGACAAGAAGCAUAUAAUCAAGGAGAAAAAGAUCAAAUACGUGAAUAUAGAGAAAGACACUCUGAACCGAUUAUCAGACCACCCAGGUAUCAUUCGAUUAUUCUUCACAUUCCAGGAUAGCGCGUGUUUGUACUACGUCCUCGAGUAUGCUAGCGGCGGAGAACUUUUAGGAGUCCUGAAAAAGAUCGGAUCGUUUGAUGAGGAGUGCACAAGAUUCUACGGUGCUCAACUUCUUGAGGCAGUAGAUUGUAUGCACCAGAAGGGAGUGAUACACCGUGACUUGAAACCGGAAAAUGUUCUAUUGGAUGAUAAAAUGCACAUCAAGAUCACAGACUUCGGAACUGCCAAAUUACUCCCGGCUCCUGGUUCGACUCCGAAGUUAUAUGACAUAACCAGCAAUGGCGAAGACGAAUCGACAAGAGCGAGUUCAUUUGUUGGGACGGCUGAGUACGUUAGCCCGGAAUUAUUGACGGAUAAAAAUGCUUGCAAAGCAAGUGAUUUAUGGGCUUACGGGUGCAUCAUAUACCAACUCUUGGCUGGACGACCUCCAUUUAAAGCUGCGAAUGAAUACCUGACCUUUCAAAAGAUAGUCAGUUUGGAGUAUGAAUUCCCCCCAGGAUUCCCACCGGCCGCCAGGGAUCUUGUUGAAAGGCUCUUGGUUCUUGACCCUCAAAGGAGAUUAUCGAUCGAGCACAUUAAGAACCACGAAUUUUUCGCCGGAAUUAGAUUCAGUCGCGAACUCUGGAAAGUGAAAGCUCCUAGGUUGAAGCCUUAUACUCCACCGGCGCAAGAGCCCACUUUCAUCAAACUCAAUGGCUAUUCGAGUACGCCGCCACCUUUAGCAACAUCACGCGCACCACCACAAUCUGCUCCAUCGAAUGGCAGCGUAAGGCCACCGCCUAGGAUAAUCACCGAACUUCCUCCGCCAACUCAGCUCGAUAUCGAAUGGUCGCCCGUGUUGACGCGAAGCAACGAGCGUAUCUUGAAAUUGGGGAAUUUAAUGGUUUUAUCGUCGCCAUUGCCUCAUAGUCCCAGCUCGAAGAACGGCGAAGACAUUCCCGAAAAGAAAGGAGGAUUUGCUAGAUUCUUUGGAGGUUCAACAACUAAAAAAAGAGCAAGGCUUGUGAUGGUCACAUCCAGUGCAAGAAUCAUUCUAGCCGCUGCAGGAGGCGAUGAGAAAAAAACGAAAACCGAUAUCUCCUUGUUAGCUUCCGACUGUUCAUGGCGAGCGCAAUUGGAUACCAAGGAGCAAUCUGUUUGGUGCGUAGACACGCGCGGGACACAUUAUACCUUCGAGGAUAUCAAAACUUCAGUUACCUCCAAUGAUCCUACAAAGACAUCAGCACAGGAAUGGAUAGAAGCCAUUGAGAAAGCCAAAGAUAUGGCUUUAUCACAAAAUAUGGUUGGAUCUUAUAAUAGCGAUACUGGUUUCGAUAUAUCGUCCGCCGCCACAAGUCCUAGUAGCACUAUCCAUGGAACGAGCAUCUAUCAAGACAGCUACGGUCCCAGUGAUCGGUCAGGUCGACAUCAUCUAACCAAAAGCCAAGCCAGCUUGGGAGGUGAAGAAGCUUUGGGAGAAGUUAAAAAGAAGUCCCAUCGUUUCAGUAAACGACAGUCCAAGAAUGGACUUUCCACACCGUUCUAA